AUGGCGGAUUCAGAGGAGGGAAAUUCGUCUGCUCGAGAAUCGCAAAACGCAGCACAAGGACUUCCUCGGUUCGUUUGUGUGGAGUUUCCAGCACGGGUGCAGAAUGUAGACAAAAUGCUGAAGACCCUUGGUGGUGAAGAAACGAUUUCAAAUAUCUUGACUGCAGGCUCCAACAAGAAAUUAGGAAUGAAAUUCAGACCCGACGACCCCUUCAGCCGACCCCUUUAUGCCAGUAGGCACCAAGCAACCAAUCUCCUUCUCAGGGUCAAGAAAAGAUACAAGAAGAAGGCAGGGAGUGAGGGAAAUGAAGCACAGGAGGAGGACGAAUGCACAGAUGAUGUAAUAGUCGAUGAGGAGGCAGAGUACGAGACGGAGCUUGUGGGUGUUCUUGACUCGGUUUACAAAUUUAAAGGUUUGUGUGAUUUCCAGUAUCUGCCCAUCCACAAGAACAAAGAAACCAAUAAAAUGGAGAGCCUGACCGAUACGAUUAUUCCAAAGGAGCCAAAGGACACCACGUUCCUCCAGCAGGAUGUUCCGCACUUCAUGUUGCCCCCGGUCUUCUCUCGUACGGAUAUACCAUCCAGUUACAACUACCAACCAGACCUGCUACCAGCGUCAGAAAGUAUCACAUAUAAGGUUGCAAACACUCUCGACGCAAACAUUACUGGCAGCGGACGAGCGAGGAGACCUCACAACACUUACGUUGUUGCAUUUGAGGAGGAGAAAGAUCUCCCUACUGCCCCCAAACCUGAAGCCUUGAUCAAUAUCGAGAAAUACACGGAGAAGAACAAGGACAUUAAAAUAAUGAUGGAAGAGAUUGUACAGGUCUUUCAAAAGCGUCCGAUCUGGUCGCGUAACGCAUUGAAACACAACUGCACAUUGACAGACCCCCAGUUGAAGGUGCUCCUGCCUGCAGUCGGCUUCUACUAUAUGACCGGGCCAUGGAGGGCGACAUGGGUGCGGUUCGGCUACGACCCUCGCAAGGAUCCAGGUGCUCUGAAGUAUCAAAUGUUGGACUUUAGAAUACGAAAAGCGAUGUUCCUCAGCAGAAGUACCUCGUCGUCCAGAAAGCAUUAUAAUCGCUUCAAGAAGACCAGCUAUGAACGUCAACUGCCGAUGUCGAUCCAGAAACCAUCAAGGAGGAGUCAGGCUUUCAUCAAGUACAACGAGACCACAAGCCCUGGUGCAGAAGCUAAAAAAACAGUAGAUAAGGAAUCCUACUUCUUGUUCAAGGAAGGUCUAGUCCCUGCCUACAACCAAAUGUUCUACCAGUUGUGUGACAUUAAGGAUGAUGGCCUUCAGGCUUUUAUCAAAGGUGCGACUAGCGAGAACGAUUGCUACCUGAAGACUGAAGAUCUGUGCCAGUUGAGGUCCCUCAUGAACGCCAUACUAAAAAGAACACUGAUACAGGAAGAAAAAUCAAGAGCAGCAAAAGAAGAAGGCGAGACACCAGGACCUUCUUCAGUGUCUCCAAUUGGAGAAGUUGAUCUGGACGACCAGGAGAUGGAGGGAGUAGAUGAAGAAGAUGAUGAAGAGGAGGAAGACAGUGGUGAUGAUGAUGCAGAGAAUGAUGAUGAACCCAUUGAUGAUGCAAACAUCGAUGGCGAGGAAGAAAGUGAAAACGAGAUGGAAACGGACAUUUUGGAGUAUUUGUCUGGAACAUGAUAUAAGAGAAAACCAGCUGUGCUGAGUUGCCCCGAGUCGGAUGAAGCCACGAGUGUAGUGGUGAAACAUCACUGAAAAAUUGUGAGUUUUUCCUCCAUUUUUCAUCAAGAUAUUAAAAUCGGUAAAAUGAACAUCUUUACUGAUUUGUUUUGGACUUUCCUAAUGAAUCCAUUCAAGAAUUUAACAGAGUCACGUUGGGUGAUCUGGCAUCUUGCAUUGAUGUACUCUCCCAUACAUACAUUGCUGCUGUCCUUGAAAGGGUGGGUUGCACUUUAAUUUGUGCUCUGUACUUGUCCUGUCAAGCUUGUGCGCUUAA